CGAACGAAGGGAGGAGGAGGUUUGGCGCCGACUCGGGCCUGUCGCCAUGGAGACGUUUCUGUCCCCGUCUGAACAGCUGCCGAGCCUCUUAGCGGCCUCCCGUUCGGGCCUGGUGGGAAGCUGGGACCCGGCGACCCUGGAGCGAGCUCUGCGCUGGGGCCGCUUCUUCCAGCAGCUCCACAGCCGCCUUCAUGCCCAGCCUGGCCUCAGGGCCACUCUGAAGCGCCGCUUGUGCCAAGGAGGGAAACCGGCGCUCGGCCUCGGCCACUUGAGAGGCUGUCCGGAGCUGCUGGGCUUGGCGCUGCUGGAGAACCGGGCGCUGCCUCCCGCCGCCCGCCAGCGACUCUUGCGCGGCCUCCUGUGCUCGCCAGCCGGCGGAGAGGAGGAGCCCUUCGCCCCCGUCUUGGCCAGGCGCAAGGCCGCUUCGCAGCUUCUCCGUUUGGCGCUUCUUCCAGAGGCCUCCUCUGCAGAGCCGCGGGAAGCGCCGCCGCUCAGGGCCCAGGCUCAGCUGCUGCUGUCGCGGUUGCGGGAGGAAGGCGGCGGAGAUCAUGGCCAGCGAGGCUGCGGCGACCUCCUGGAGCACUUGCCCGGCGGCCCCAUGCUCUACAGGGCAGUGGCGGCGGCGCUGCUGGAGCCCAGCGGGGACGCGCAGCAGGCCAGGGCAGCGCUGCUCUCUUGGCUGGUGGAGGGGGAUCCGGCCCGCCAGGCUGCUUUCUUCCGCCUCCUGCCCGUCCCCUGGUUGCCCUCGCUCUGCCGCCGCCACCCCGAGCUGCGCGACCCCUACUUGAGUCUUUUAUCCGUCUGGGGAAGCCGCCUGAGUUACGACCCGCUGCAGGGAGAGUGGAAAGCCGCCAGCGGCCUAGAAGAAGAAGGCGGCCAGGUGUGCUGGCGGGAGUUGCGGGAACGAGUCGGCUGCCUCUACCGCGAGCCAGAGCCUCUGGGAAGUGCAGUACGGAGUCAGCUGAAACGCCUGAAAGCCCAGGAUGGGGACUUCGAAGUUCGCGGCCUGAGUGUCUGGACUGAUCUUCUGCUGGACUUGGAGACGCUGCCUACCUCGGAGAACAAGCCUAAGAGAGGCUGCCUUGUCUAGGAACCGGCCCUUCCUGAGAACUUGGACAAAGUAGUUAACCUGGAAAGAAAACAUCAUCGCUUGACUCCUUUGCUUUAAAUUCGCUCUGCCCUACUUUGAAAUCAGACGACACCCUUCUAAACUUUAUGGUGCUCUUUUAAAGUGUAUGAAGCAGUAGGGGAAAGGAAGAGCUUAAACUGAAACCUAGACUCUGCAAAUGCAGAGAGGAUUAUAGCACCAGGUUCCCCUGUUUACAAAAUUGGGCAGUAGGUUAUUCGUACAAGGGAAACCAGGACCCGCUUAGUUAUUAGAUAUUUUGAGUGAUCAACCUCGGUGGCUGCUUUAUCACAGAAGAAAUGAAUCUAUAAUAACUAAAAAGCAACACUAUUGAUUGCAGUUCCUCUAUGUUCAGCGCUGAAAAAUUUCUUUGUUGAUGUAGUGUUUGUCUCUAUAAUGUAGAUGUGUCCUAUCUGUAUAUACAAAACAGUGGGCGUGUCCAUUGUCUGUUUACAGAAACAAAACUGAAUUGAAA